AGGUUAGGAGCGCAGGAGAACGCUUCUCUUCUCCAGAUGGUGUUUUAAACGCAGACAGAAGGGUCAUUAGACAACACACCAGCUUCCAACCACUGACAACGACACAAAUAAACCAAAACGCGAGAUGGUGCAGAGCGAAACAGCGCAGAAUGUGUAGCAUCGGUUAGCUGGGACACGAAUGAAGUUUUUAAUGGACCGUUUUUUCGCGUUCAGUGUGGAGGGAGUUCGCGACGAGCAGUUGGAGUAUUAACGGGAAGAUCUCCGAAACACUCUCUCUAUCUGAAUCAUUUCUGUAGACGAGGACUUUCAGGAUUUACAAGAGACAAUAUUCUACUUGGAAACAUGGAGCAUCAGUGGCAAUAUUAAAAACAUCUUCUAUAUUAUAGGAGGGAUCACGGACAUCUAACGUUACUGUGGAAUACGAUAUAAAAACCACCAAGAACGCAAGAUCUGAGUUGGAGGACUUUGCGAUUUCUAUUUUUUUUUUUUUUUUUUUUUUUUUUUGUGAUUUGAGAAAUCGAAGCGAACUUUUUUUUUCGCCCUGUGCAUUUUUACCAAGAAAUGUGUUAACAUCUUUCAAGAUUUCGACAUUUUAAAGGAACGUUAUACCAAAGUCUCACUACUUUAAUACUAAAGCUCCGCUGUGUUCUAGCUUUCUAUGAUACAUUUUCGAUUUCUUGAAAUUGAAGUACCUCAUUAUUUAUUACUAUAACGAAAAGUCAACAUCGCGCGCAAUCCAAAGGAGUUCAGAACUCUCUCUCUCUCAGAUACUGUUUGAUAACACAGUAUAUAUAUAUAUAUGCUUUUUAUUCAUUUUGGAAAGUUCACACCUUUUUCAGUAAUAAUCGAGGCGUAAGAAUCUCCGUUUAUUUCUGUUUUUAUUUUUCGCGUGGAUUACUUUUUGCUGCAAAUACCUCAGUUUGACUUCGACCUUCAAAAGUAGCGCAGGACAGAAGGCUGGAACGAUGCCAGAUUCACCCGCUGAUGUCAAAACCCAGCCCAGGUCAACUCCACCCACAAUGCCACCUCCACCCCCUGCUGUCAGCCAGGCAGCCAAUCGCAACGCAUCAUUUACACCCACAACAAGUAAGUUGUUGCUGAACGGGAGCAGUCACUCCCCCACGGCACUAAACGGAGCUCCCUCAACCCCCAAUGGCUUCAGCAAUGGACCGGCUACUUCCUCUACCGCUUCUCUGCCCACUCAGCAGCUUCCCCCUGCCUGCGGAGCCCGACAACUCUGUAAACUUAAGCGUUUCCUCACCACACUGCAGCAGUUUGGCAACGACAUCUCGCCCGAGAUUGGAGAACGUGUACGCAGCCUGGUGCUGGGGCUAGUGAACUCAACUCUAACCAUUGAAGAGUUCCACUCCAAACUUCAGGAAGCCACAAACUUUCCCUUGCGUCCCUUUGUCAUUCCAUUUCUCAAGGCUAACUUGCCCCUCCUGCAGAGGGAGCUGCUUCACUGUGCUCGGAUGGCUAAGCAGACUCCAGCCCAGUAUCUGGCCCAGCACGAACAGCUGCUGUUGGAUGCCAACGCCAGCUCUCCCCUGGACUCCUCCGAGAUCAUGCUGGAACUCAAUGAGCAUGGCAAGAGACGUACCCCUGACAGGACCAAAGAGAGUGCAGUGGACAGGGAUGGCUUGCACCCGGAGCACCUGGCCAAACGUCCAUGUACAGUGAGCCCCAGUCAGCGCUUCAGUCCAAGCAGUGGUUUACCUGCUCACCCUCCCCCCAACGGCCUACCAACGCACCCACCCAAUGGACUUCCACAUCCUAACCCUCCUGCCCCACAGCACUACCGUUUGGAAGACAUGGCACUUGCCCACCACUACAGAGACGCUUACAGACACGCAGAGCACAGGGACGUCCGGGAUCGUCACCGGCAAACAGCCGUGCAUGGAACACGUCAAGAGGAAGUGAUUGAUCAUCGGCUGACAGACCGCGAGUGGGCUGAGGAAUGGAAGCACCUCGAUAACUUGCUGAACUGUAUCAUGGAUAUGGUGGAGAAGACGCGGCGUUCCCUCACUGUGCUGCGACGCUGCCAGGAGGCGGACCGUGAGGAGAUGAACCACUGGAUCCGUCGCUAUAGCGAUGUGGAGGAUAUGAAAAAAGGUGGGAGCUCCACCCAGCGGCCUCCUCCUCUUCCUCCCCACCACAACUCUUCCUCCUCCAACACUCCUAACAGCAGCGACACACAACCGCUAGAAAUCCACAGAGACUUCCUGCACCGGCCCCCGUCAGGCUACCUACCCGAGGAGAUCUGGCGGAAGGCUGGUGCUACAAGUAUCCCGCUCUCGCCAGCAUUAAAGCAACUUCAGAACAAGCAGGAGGAGGCAGUAAAUGAAGUGAAGAGACAGGCCAUGUCAGAGCUGCAGAAGGCGGUGUCGGAUGCUGAGAGGAAAGCUCACGAGAUGAUCUCUGCUGAGCGCUCAAAGAUGGAGAGAGCUCUGGCCGAGGCUAAGAGACAGGCCUCUGAGGAUGCACUGACUGUCAUUAACCAACAGGAGGACUCCAGUGAAAGCUGCUGGAACUGCGGUCGCAAGGCUAGCGAGACGUGCAGCGGAUGCAACACUGCGCGAUACUGUGGCUCUUUCUGUCAGCACAAGGACUGGGAGAAGCACCAUCACGUAUGUGGCCAGGGCCUGCCCGGGAGUAGCAGCAUGCCACUCGGGACACCAUCUACCACCUCCAUCUCCUCCUCAUCAAGUGUGCCCCCCACACACUCCGAGAGCACCCCUCCAGGCCCCUUGUCCCUGGCGGGGCAAACCAGCAGCAGUGGCAGUCCCAAGGAAGCAAGCUCCAGCAGCGUUUCUCGCUCAACCACUCCAGCAACACCCGCCCUGAUGGAUGCCUCAUCCCGCUGACUGAAGAACCCCAAAUCUUAACCCAUGCUCCAGCCAUGUCUACUGCUGCUACAGCAUCCUUCAUCCAAAACAAGCUGAGGAACCUCCACCAUACUUAACUUCCUCUCAAAAUGAACUACGGCAACCUGGCUUCCACAUCUACAUUAAGAUCUUGUUUUCUCAGUCUCCAAAAAAAAAAAAAAAAAAAAAAAAACCAUCAAGGCUCAGAUUCCUUCACAGAAGGAUGUACUGUGUUUAAUGCAACAUGAGCAGUGUCUGUUAUACUGGAUGCCACUGAGAAAGCCAGGAAAACACAUAUACUUACACAUUACAUGUUUUAUUCAUGUACAAGACAAUUUAAGGCAUGGCCUUAGUUACCUACACCCUUUAAGAGAGGUGUGCUCUGUGUAAAUUGUGGUGGCACCAUAUUCUGAACGUGUCUUGACCCAGGUAGGACUAAAUAUACAGUAUGUAGGAUGGAUUCCUCUAAAAUGACCGACAGCCGUCACUGCGGGAGGUCAAAAACGGACAAGAGCACUCUGAAAAUCUUCCACCACAGAGCUACCUUCUCACAACAUGACACACCGCGUUUCAAUUUUUUGGCUUUAAUUAAAACAAAACAAAAAUCCAAAAGAAAUCAUGAAGAUGAUUAAUGAGAAGAAUAAAACCUGUUAACUACCUUGCUAGCGAGCCAAGAAAAUCUACACCAGACUCACCUCUCUGUACUGACGUGAACCCAAAUGAAUUUUAAUAAAGAAAAACAAAAAAAAAAAACAAAGAACAUGAUCCAAACCUUUUUACUACACUGCCAAAGUUACUAAGAAGCACUCAUCUUGUAACCAAACGCAAACAACUUCACCUCCUCAGCAGUAAAGCCAGGCCAGAGUUCCACAGUCUGUGGAGAGGUGGCAUGGUGACUAGACACUCAAACCUUCACUGUGCCCACUGUACUACUCACUCAGAUCCUGAGGAACGCAGACUUUAGCCCGGAUCCAUGGCUAUGGCAAUGAAGACUCACACCUGGGAUGUUUAAAGCACUUCACCCAGUCAGCCGCAAAGAGAAAUGACAUGAAAACGAAACAGAAGGCAAAGAUGAGUAAACGAAAAGAGGCAGGUUGACUUCAAAAGGAAAGACGAACGGCAAAGGAACUGCCAAAAACCUCAAUGGAUUGUACACUAAGAAUGAGUCUUUUCUUGUGAAACAUUUUCAUUUGGUUUUCCUAAAGCUCUCCGAAUGCUGAGACAUUUCAUUUUGUUGUACGAUUUCAUUCUCCCUCGUUUUCCAAAGCAUGACAAGACUGUAGUCUCCCAAGACUGGCGUAGACUUGGUUCUCUUUUCUCUCGCUCUUUCUACCUCCCCCCAUCUUCUAAAUGUUCAUCUCUUUUGUCUCCUGACAGAACCUCUAAGCAGAUAUCCAUGAAGGGAUCAAACGUUGCUUGUAGAUAUUACUUUCUGUUUCUGGAUGUCUCUGUCUUCAAUAUCUGCUUGUGUGCGUACUCAGAACGAGGAACGCGUUCUUUCUUUGUCUUCUUUUAGGUUUCAGCCGAACAUUGGACAGAAAAAGACACUCUAAUGGGAGAGAAGCUGUGUUGUACCUAUUGUUCGAUUUGUUGUAUCAAUAUUGAUGAUGAGAAUCCUCAUGUAGAAUAUUUUAUAUUGCUCGCAUUGUAAGACAGUGAGAGAACAAGAGGUGCAAUAUGAAAAGAGAAUUCAGCUACUGAAUGGAACCUCAGAAACGGCCCUUAGGGUAUGUUAUAAUAUAAAUAUACAUAUAAAUAUAUCUAAAAUUACCACAGUAAAUUAAUGUGAAUGUACAUAGUAUUUAAAAAGAGGUCCAAAAAUGAGUUUGCCAAAUAACAGAAACCUUUAAAGUAUAAUGUCUAGACUUUAAUCUCUCCAUUUAAUCUUUUCUGUCUGAAUGAUCGUUUUACAAAACGUCUGUUGUAACAGUGGAGGAGGAAGAGGUGCUCACGUCACUGUUCGUGUAGAUUACUGCCAGAGGACUUAUGAACAUGCUGGGCGAGAUGUUUUUGUAGCCAUAAGCGUGUCGGAGCAAAUGGCAUCACUUUAACAAAACCACAAUAGACUGACCUAGCUCGCCCCACUGAAGAUCCCAAACUGGCAUUUUGGAGGGAAGCCGCUAGAAUCUGUGUGAAACAUUGCCAUCCUUUGGGCCAAAGUGUCACUGCAGUGGUCCAGUGUGUAAUGUGCACACACAAACACACAUGCAUGCACAUACAAUCACAAAACCAAACCCUUGGUCAUCCAUAGUCCAAGUGUCUGACAGAAGAAUCAAGCAAACACUAUCUGGUUCUCAUCUGGUUUUGCUACAGUUCCCAGAUUUUGCUUUGGACAUCAGGCUGUGAUCCAACAUAGUACCAAAACGUAAUCCGUUUUUAAUGUAGUCUGGAUAAUAUCUGUAGAAGUUCUGCUGAUCCCAACAUUCAUGUUCCUUAAGGGCUGUUCGUGACGGCAGUUACAACGGACAAGACUACCCUUAUAGUAAAAAUACUUGGAUUUUUGCCACCAUCUUACACUUGCAACCCUCUUUACAUCCUUUGUUUUGGCCAGUUUUGAUUUUUUGGUGUUGCUUUAGGUGUGAGUCGGGUUCAUGGUUUAAAUUUUACACGUGGCAUGUGAAAAUUAUCUAUCUUCCUAUCAGAUUUCUAAAUUAAUAUAUGAACUUCUCUAGGAAAUAUCAGCAACAUGUGAUCUAAAAACCAGUGAAUUACUAGAACACCAGUCUCUGAUAUAAUAGGUCUCUCUCUCUCUCUCACCCAUUUUGAAGAGGAUUUUUCAUGAACCAUCCUCUCUUUCCUUACUAGCUACCUCCUGUAAACAAAUCAAAGGCAGUAUGAAUGAAUGAAACCACUAGCAGACAUGCAAAUCUAUCAUCCUGCCCAAGCUAAACAAGACAUUUCAACCUAGAAACUCGAAAAAUUGAUAUGUAUAUUUUGUCCACAUUUUCAUGUCUACACAAGUGAUGGGUCAACAAAGUCCUGUUUUUUCAUGGGCUGUUAUACAACAAAUUAACCCAAAAAACACUCUACAGAAGUAUGUAGCAAUGCAAAAGCAUGCACUCUUGUGUUACUGUUGUGUUACUGCUGCAGUAACCAAACUCAGUUCUCAAGGGUGUAAAAGUAAAGCAAAGUUAUUUUCAAAUGUCUGUGCCAUUAAACCAGACGUGUUAUUAUUCAGGUAGCUAACUUUAAAAGUUGAAACCAACUUUAACUAAUUUGCACAGUAAAAUUAUCUUUAAACUGUUGCACUGCUAUGACUUUAGUUAGCUGUCCAUAGAAAAAAAGUGUUUACAUGCUCACUAUGGCAAGUCUUCAAAGUGUUGUGUCAUGAACUGUUCUGACACAUCCUGACUGCAACAAUGAGUGAAACGGAGUUGCCUAGUUGUACUUGCUUAGAAUGUUUUGAGCCCUAAACAUAAAAAUAUCUCAUAAAUAUCCAAAAUGAUAAAAGCACAGACCAAAGCAUAACUGCACAUCAAUAGAAGCCGUUUGGACAUUGCGUCGCCUAAAAAAGCAGCCUGAACAUGGGUGAGCGACUACCCAUAAACCAAAGUGUACAAAAUGACCAUGUUGAAAGCAAAAGACGACAGUAAACACAUUACGAAAAGACAUCGGUACUAUAAUUCCAAGCCAGGGGAAUGCUUGUUCCUGGCAUCCAAAGCAUCAGAUAAGAUUACAAACGUUCAAACAUUUAAACCAACCUUGCUCAAAGAUUUCAUUAUGGGAAUACAUGAGUGUGAGUGAGACAAAAUAGAGUGAGAGAUACUUUCUAUUAAUGAUUUUGCUAAGGAACUUACUUGAAUCUCAAGAGCUUUAAAAUAAUGCCAUUAGCAAAGUUAUACUAGAGAACUUCCAUAAACUCAAUUCGAGCUUUGCAUGUCUGCUAGUCCAGAACUAAUACAGAACAAAUACAUAUUUGCAAUAUUUUUGGCCAUUCUGUUCCUUACUAAAAUCGAACCAAAAACAACACCAUGCAAAUGCAUCUUUAGCUGUGUGCUGUAAUUCCGCUGUUAUCUGGCGUAUCGAAGGGCCGUCAUUCUCAAAGCAAAUCUGUGCAUGCCUAGAUUUGGUCAGCAUUUGGCUUUGUUAGUGAACCCAUGUUGGGCAGCUGUUCCGUCAAAGAUUGACACUUUGGGAAAGAGAGAGAGAAACUUAACCUAAGCAUUAAGCAAACAUACUCUUGAACUAAAAUGGAUGCUGAUGGAUAACUAGUCAGCAACUUGUUUUACUUAUGAACUGUUUACCUGUUUAUCCCAAAAUCCCUCCUGAAAAAGCAAAACGGCUUAAACCAACCUAAGGUAACCAAGUUGGUUUCUGGCUGGGAGACUAGCGAUACUACCAAAACCGGCUAAAAACAGCUAAGACAAGACCAGCAAACCAUUUUGGGCUGGCUUAAGUAAUUUGUCACUCAUGUUAUCCAGCAUCACUAAUAUUUUUAUUUUCUUAAUUUUUAAUGACUAUACCAUCCACUUGCGGCUAACGGCAAAACUGUCAAAUGGAAACCAUUUAUCACAGAACACACAAGGGUUCCUUACACUACUGUAGAACUGAUUGCUCUGACUAGCAGAGUGGGCCGGGCAUUGAACACACAUACGAUAAAUGCCAUAACAGCCAGAUACAUAUUUCUGUACUAACAAAGGCUUGGUUUGAUACAUUUAGGCAAACACAAUAUACUGUAUUGUGCAAUACAUCAUUACAGGAAAAGGCAUUGUUUCAAUAGGAAAGGUUGGUGUGUUAAAUAUUUUUUUGUUUCUCUUUUAAGGUCCUGUUAUCAUUCUCUAGACGAUGUGAACUGUGCCAGGAGAGUUUUAUUUAUUUCUUGCAUGCUCUUUUCCCCCUUUUGCAAUUCCCUCACCCUCUCUAACUGUGCGCUUUCUUGGACAUGUGACGCUGUAAACAUUCUAAAUCAGGUUAUUGUCUGUGUUGAGAUACGUAUCUGUGUAAUUAAAAAGACAGUGAAAUAUGA